AUGGAAAGUCAUAAUCAUACACCACCUCCCCUACACAGCGUAAAUUCAAGCUCAAGUUCCGGCUCUGGCGCUGGUUCAGGAACAACACCUCGUAGACCUGGGGGAGCUAGACCAAACCCAACGAGAAUAGGAUCAGGUGCACCCCCACCGCCAAAAUUGAAUAUACCUCUUGGGAAUGUUCCGGGAAUAAACGUUGAUCAAGCCAACGAAAAUGGUUGGCAGAUCCCUUCAGCACUUCCAGCAUUAGCACUGCGUCCAAUGAGAGCUUCCCCAUCGCCUUCCAAUCGACCCAAACUUUCCCUUUCGGGAGUCUCAACUCCAGUCCCAGCUCCAUCUCCUCUAUCACUCCCAGUCACCUCGAAUGGUAUCCCUACUCAGAGGCCACCGUUACUCAAUGCCCCCUCUUCGCAAUACAUGUCCACACCUUCAUCGAGUGGAAUGGGUUCAUGCUCUAAACCUUCAACUCCAGCUUUGAAGCUCAGUAUACCAGGAUCAGGAUCAGGAUCAGGAUCGGGUACAGGAGCUCCAAGUGGAUAUGACUAUUCAUCUACUGCGAACGAAGAUACGGAUAUGUUGAAUUCAGCUUUGAAAACACCGACACCGUAUUCAAAUUCGAACAAUUUCGAAGAUCAAAACCCAACUUUGCAAGCCAGAGGAAAUAAUUACGAUGAUGAUGAGACUUCGUAUGGAUAUGGCAGGUUGCAUAAUGAUGAUUACUCAGGUGAAGGUAGAAGAAUAAGUGAAAUGACUGAAGAUAUAAGACAAGCUUUGACUAGAUCAAGGUUCGAUCCUUCUUCAACUCCUUCUAUAGGUUCAAAUAGAUCAAGAGCAAAUUCAGGUGCUAGUAGAAAAACUAGAUCAAGAGCAAAUAGUUCAACGACCAACCCAUCUGGAUCGAGAAGAGAAAGUACAACUAAUAAUAUAGAAGAUUUAUUAUCUAUUAGAUCAUUAGAUAUCACUUCGUCAAGUGGAGAGAAUUCGAGAAGAAGUAGUCUAGAUAAAAAGUCGAGUGACCAUGGACAUAGUAGCAUCAUAGUGGCAGAUGAAGAACAGGACAGACAAAGUCCUACUUUCGAUCCUGAAGAUCUAGUAUCGUUGAAAAGGCUGGGAGAAGGUACAGGUGGUGCAGUAGAAUUGGUUCGUGAUAAGAAGACUGGUAAGAUAAUGGCUAAGAAGGUAAUUGCGAGAACUACCAAUCCCUCAAUGCAUAAACAGCUUCUUCGGGAGCUAGAAAUAUUGAACGUUUGCGAAUCUCCAUAUAUCGUUGAACAUUAUGGAUCAUUUUUGACUGAAAGAGACAGUGUCAUUGGUAUAUUGAUGGAAUACUGCGAAGGCGGAAGUUUGGAUCAUCUUUUAGGGAAGAUGAAACGCAGCGGAAUGCGAUGUUCUGAGCACGUACUAGGGAGAGUCGCCAGCUCUGUUCUGAAAGGACUCGACUAUCUUCAUGAGCAUCGAAUCAUACAUCGAGAUAUCAAGCCUUCCAAUAUCGUCUUGACGAAACAAGGCGUAGUGAAACUAUGUGAUUUUGGUGUAUCUGGUGAAUUGGUGGAUUCUAUUGCUGGAACAUUUACUGGAACGAGCUUUUACAUGGCUCCUGAACGCAUUCAAAAUCAACCAUAUACUAUCAAAGCGGAUGUCUGGUCAUUAGGAAUGACAUUACAUGAAGUAGCGCAUUUGCGUUUUCCUUUCCCCCCUGAAGGUGAAAAUCAAUCUGUGGCACCCAUUGAACUGUUAUCGUAUAUUGUUACUGCACCUACACCGGUGAUGAUCGAUGAUCCAUCUGUUGGAAGGGUCUGGUCAGACGGUUUCAAGAGUUUCAUGGCUGACUGCCUAAUUCGAUCGGGAACAGAUAGACCAUAUCCUUGGCAAUUACUUCAGCAUCCUUUUAUCCUCACUAACGAAGCCAAGAAAGUCAACAUGGCAAAAUGGGUAGCUGCUUUAUGUGGAUGGCCAUAUCCAUAA